UUUCUUCCCAGAAGCAGCAGCACAGUUCAAGAUGGCACCACAUGGAGCAUCUAGCACGUAGCCUCUGCGAAGCAUACACAGCCCUGCUGUGUCAUCAGUCCAUAAUCCUGGCCGUGAACUCCAGCUUUGUGGAACCCUUACAACAAUAUGAAAGUCAAUUGGAGAUAAUAAGAACCUCUUUUAAAAUGGCAUUUGGACUGCCAAGUUUUGACAGAGGAACAUUCCAGACCAGCGAGGAUGAUGUCAAGGACCUGGAGGCUUUAUAUCGAAAUAUUUUAAAUUUGUUUGAGGACACUCUUCUGAUCUUAGUGUCUAAAGACCUCUACAAACUACAGAUCUUAAAGGAAAUGACUCUGUGGAUGGCGGAAGAUCGUCUACACCAGCAAGAAAGAAUAAUGGUGACCAUCAGCAGGGUGUUAAGAUUCGCAGCCCGGAAAGUCAGGGAACACACGAGUAUUGACGUUCCGUGUUUAGGUGUCCUGGCAGCAGAACUGUCUCUUCUGUGUUCCCAUGCUAAUGACGCGGUCACACAACAAGCCUCCCUCGGAAUGUAUUACCUCCUCUGCAUUGCGAAACGGCAGAGCGCAGACUUCCAAAGAGACAACCCUACAAAGCAGCAUGAGUAUGGAAGAUCCUCCUUCCUGACUUCUGAUUCUGAAUUCCAACCCGAGACCUUGCAACAAGACAAAAUUAAACUUGCUCAGUGCAUAGGACAGAGCCUGUCGCCCUCUUUGCUGACUGACUUUAUGCUGCAUCUCCUGAUGAAACUCUCCACACCUGACAGAGAAACUGCAUCCAAAGCAGCAUCUGUGCUGAAACCGACUCUGAAAUACCACGCCCGGAAGGUCACCAGGGUGUGUCAGAUGGUGGACUCUGUUUAUAAGCAACUGAAGGAAAACUCCUCUGACUUUAUGAGGGACAGCUUGUUGGAGGUCGUCACCUUGUUGGUGCAGACGUUGCCCAAAGGUGUCGUCUUUCAGCUCAUGGACUACCGGGUCCCAAUGGACAGUGCUCUGACCCUGAUGUGGCAGGCCGUGGGCGCCCAGCCACAGGUGGCCCCGCAAGUGCUGAAGCCAAUCCUGCUGGUGCUGAAAGACAAACCCUGGGAAGCGGAGGCCGCCGUGCAGGGAGGGAGAUGCUUCGCUCUGGACGCCACCAACAUGAUGCCUCUGGCGGCAUCGCAGGCCCUGUGUGUGCUUCUGCCUACGGCUUCCUACAAGAGGACAGUGGCCCAGCUUUUUCCCGAGAUCCUGAUGGCCCUCUUGUUUCAGCUCCUCUACGUCAGUCAGCUGAGGAUGCAGCCACAGGACAAGCCCAUCUAUGCCCGGGAGGCGCUGAGAAUUCUGCUGAAAUGUUCUGGACUGCAAGAAGUGGACAGAGCCCUUAACCAGAAGUACUGCUGGAGUCAUAUUUACCAAGCAUACCAUUAUCACGAUGGGGUCAACCUCAUGGCCAGAACCCUCUGUGAGUGUAACUUUCCACAGUUUCCGGAGACUUUGCAUCACCUCCACAAGCUCUUAGUGCAGGGCCCUAGGAGCUCAGAAGAGCACGUCAUCAUAGUCAUAUUCUUCAUCAAAAUUCUGGAUAAGUUCUUCAAGGACCCGCUCCCAGAAUUAUUUUUGGUCCUCCUCAAAAACUGGAUCAACGAUUCCAAUCCUGAAAUUAGCAAAUUAAGCCUUCAGAAAAUCACCAGCAUGGCCCCAGUGGUCAAUAAGAUAGAAAAUGUCUGCAGCUUAUUAACAUCCAUCCUGAAUGCCUUCACGUCCAAAGACGACACUGUUGUUGUUCAGGCCUUGCUCACCCUCCGAAGACUGGUGGAUAAACUAGACAAGGCGACCUACUCGUCCCUGUGCCCUGGGAUUGCCUCCAGCUACUUCCGUCUGAUGGAUCAUAGCCAUGGAAAUGUGCGGAGUCUGGCUGUCAGGCACCUGGCGGAGCUACUCAAGGAUAUGAGCCAACACACAUCGACUUUAAGACAUGUCCUGGGAGGCUUCGCACCCCUCAUCCUCUGUCUGGAGGACAGGGAUGCUAGAGUAGUGAGCGCUUGUAGAUACACGUUAGCAAUCUGUGACUCGCAACUAGACUGGUCAGUGUCAAACUCGCUUAAAGAAGAAAACUAUAACUUUGAGCUGGUGGUUCUCAACACCUGUAACAGUCUCCUUCUGUCUCAUGAGAGCUGCCUUACAUAUUUAGUUUGUGACGCCUUGAGGUUCCUGGGGAGCUCCCAAGUACGUCUGAGAAGAGCAUCAAUUAUUUUACUAGGGUACUUGGCAGAACUGGGUGGACAUCUACUAUUCAGGGAUGAUAUUGAAAUUUUGAUUGAAGCUACAGAACGAAUGCUCCAGGAUGAAGACUCUCAGGUCCAGGGGUUGGCAGAAAUAACCCACAAUAUUUUAAAGAAAAUAGCCCAUCGACCAAGAUCCACAGCUAUUAAACACGCUUUCCAGAGAUUGUUUAAGUUCUCCUACCCCAAGGAGAUGAAGCUUCUUUACAACUGGCAAGGCGGCGCACAGACAGCCCUGUGAGCUUCCCAUCUUGGUAACCUGAGUCUGCUUGUAGGUGCUUUUCCGAA